UAUCCCGAGGACAUAACAACCCAAGCUAUCAAUGAAGCCAUCUAUUGUCCAAUGAACAAGGCUUUAACUGGGGCGAUGGGAUAAUCAACCAAUGAAAAUCUUACCCUCACUUGUGCAUGGCAUUUCUAUUGACUGAAGAUGGCGUCAGUGGAGCCACAGAAAAGGCCCCACGUGAAAACUGAGCGGAUGCAGGAAUACUUAAGCAACAACUGUGAUGUGCCUAUAAGCCCCCAGCGACUCCUCAAGUGCCCCCAUGAUGGCUGUGAUAAAGUUCUUACUAGCUCCCCGGGGCUGAGGUAUCAUCUGAAAUCACAUUACCAGGACAGACCUUACAUGUGUGACAAGUGCAGGAAGACUUUUAAAAGCUCUAAUGGCCUUAAAUACCACAGAGAGAGAACAUCCUGUGUAGAGACGUCUUCAUUCCAGCCAGUGACUCUAAGCUGGGCAGACUCCAGUAUCUCAGCUAAUCUCUGUAGGAAUAUUACACCAACUUUAGAAUGUGAUGAAGGAUCAGAAAGUCUUCCAUUUGAUGAUGAUGAGGAUGAUGACAUGUUAGAAGUAGUGACCACAACACGGUCAGCAAAACAUACCCCACCGUCCCUCCGCCUGGACAGUUCGGACAGCUCGCCCAUAGAUGUGGUGUCCACUACAGAUGGGGAGGACAGUAAUGCCAAUCAUGUGACUGUCCAGCCUGUGUCCACUUCCAACUGGCUGGAACAGCUGGCCGAAAUAGCCACAGGACCAAAGAGUCCUUUAAUACAGAAACAGUCCACUGCUGAGAGAAGUCCCACCAAAAGCUUCCUGGAGUGUUCUCUCCAUUCAUAUGCUCGUCCGCCACGCACACGCUCUCCUUCCCCAGUGCGUGGGAACACAAGAAGUUUGUCUUCCUCUGCCUCAGAAAGUCAUUUCAAAUAUAACUGUGAUGAAAGUGAAUCUCGUGUGAGUUCGUCGUCGCCAUUUCCCUCGUCCCCACUAGAUGACAGUUACGGCAGCUCAGGCAGCUGGUCGCAUUCCUGGCCCUCUGCAGUGUGGCAGUGCUUUAUACAAGGAACAAGAAUACGUUUCACAACGGGUAACAAAACAGAAUGGCAGUUAGCGGAGGACCUGGCAAAUACUUCGUAUCUCACAGCUCAAGCUUCUCAAGACAAUCUUCCAAAAGACAGCAACUAUGCUCCCAAUGGGCUGACACUUCUCCACAUAGAAGAGUGCAAAGCCACAGAGCAGCGUCCAGUGCCAUUUCUUCGCCUCAGGUUCUCCUCGGACAUUCCCACGCAGUCAGAAAUCAUUGCUGAGUGUGCCUUGGAUCAUCCCUUCUUUGUCAGGGAGAAAGGUUGGUCCAGUUUCCACCCCAGUAUGACAGUGGAGCACUAUGGUAUCCCCUGCAGUGAGCUGGAGGUAGGAGAUAUCACACUGCCUCCCUCACACCCAGAGGCUACAUUUACUGUGGAUGUCUUUGAGAGCUUCAAAAGUUAUGACUUCACUCCUAUGGAUUCUUCUGCAGUGUUUACUCUUAGUACAAUGGCCAAGAAAAGUAAAGAAAGUGACAGCUGGAGUCCAAAGUCCAGUCCCACCACUUCCCCCAACCGGAAGCGCCUCUCCAAGCCAGAGUCUCCCAGCAAGGCAAAGAGGCCCAUGAACGCCUUCAUGCUGUUUGCCAAGAAAUACCGUGUAGAGUACACACAGAUGUAUCCUGGGAAGGAUAAUAGAGCCAUAAGCUGUCUUCUUGGAGAGAGAUGGAAAAAGCUGAAAAGUGAGGAAAGGAAGGCCUUCUCCUUGGAAGCCAAGAUGCUGGCAGACCAACACAAGAAGAUCCAUCCAGAUUGCUGGAAGAGAAAGAGAUCCACUUCUACUGGGAGUCUUGAAUGACACACUGAUCAAAAAGAGGGCACUUGAAGAAAAGAAAAC